CUGCUACUGACUUACAUCAAAACCUUCCUCCACUCUCAAAACCCUCUGGUCCUGUUUCUUCAGUACAGAACAAGGUGGUUUCACUUAGAGCCCCUGUGGAACAAAGAGUCUAUCAUCUGGAAUGGCUCAUAAAACAUGAAAGGAAAUGCAUCAAAUGCUUUCUGUCCUUUAAAAACACUAAGAAUAAUGUCCCUGCAUCAGUUUUUACUAGAGCCAAUCACCUGUCAUGCCUGGAACAGGGAUCGUACCCAGAUUGCCCUUAGCCCCAAUAACCACGAAGUCCACAUCUAUAAGAAGAAUGGGAGCCAGUGGGUGAAAGCUCAUGAACUCAAGGAGCACAACGGACACAUCACAGGUAUCGACUGGGCUCCCAAGAGUGACCGCAUCGUCACUUGUGGGGCUGACCGCAAUGCCUACGUGUGGAGUCAGAAAGACGGUGUCUGGAAGCCGACCCUGGUGAUCCUGAGGAUUAACCGUGCAGCCACUUUUGUCACGUGGUCCCCGCUGGAGAACAAAUUUGCUGUGGGCAGCGGAGCUCGACUCAUUUCUGUUUGUUACUUCGAGUCCGAAAAUGACUGGUGGGUAAGCAAGCACAUUAAAAAACCCAUUCGCUCCACGGUCCUCAGCUUGGAUUGGCAUCCCAACAACGUCUUGCUGGCUGCAGGAUCCUGUGAUUUCAAAUGCAGAGUGUUUUCUGCCUACAUUAAAGAAGUGGAUGAGAAGCCAGCCAGUACACCCUGGGGCAGCAAGAUGCCUUUUGGUCAGCUGAUGUCAGAGUUUGGUGGCAGUGGCACUGGCGGCUGGGUGCACGGGGUCAGCUUCUCCGCCAGCGGGAGCCGCCUGGCCUGGGUCAGCCACGACAGCACUGUGUCCGUUGCCGAUGCCUCAAAAAGUGUGCAGGUCUCAACUCUGAAGACAGAGUUCCUGCCCCUCCUGAGUGUGCGCUUCGUCUCGGAGAACAGCGUCGUGGCCGCUGGCCAUGACUGCUGCCCCAUGCUCUUUAGCUGCGACGACCGCGGCUGCUUGACCUUCGUCUCCAAGCUAGACAUCCCGAAACAGAGCAUCCAGCGCAACAUGUCGGCCAUGGAGCGCUUCCGCAACAUGGACAAGCGGGCCACGACCGAGGACCGCAACACGGCCCUGGAGACGCUGCACCAGAACAGCAUCACUCAAGUGUCUAUUUACGAGGUGGACAAGCAAGAUUGUCGCAAAUUUUGCACAACUGGCAUCGAUGGAGCCAUGACCAUUUGGGAUUUCAAGACCUUAGAGUCUUCUAUCCAGGGCCUUCGGAUAAUGUGAAGCUGAGCGAGCCUCCCAGAUCCAGCAUGAGGACGGACAGGCUGCGCUGGGCAGCUCCGCCAUUCGCAUGAUGGGCAGGAGAGCCGGCCGCCAGGAAACACUGAAGACACAUAUGGCGCAAACCUUGUUGUGUGUUUUGUUUGAGGAUAAUUGGUGAAAGUGUUGGUUUUUUAAAAGCAGCAGUGAUUUGGGUUUUGUUUUUUGUUUUUUUGUUUUGCUGUUUCAUUCCAUUCUUGACCAAAGCUUCUCUUUAAGUAGUUUAUUAUGGAAAAUUGUCACACUAACUUAAAGGAAGGGGUGGGGGAGGUAUGUAAAUGGUCCGCUAAAAAAUUAAAUAAAAAUCCUGAAUGUGUUUUUGGUUUUGUCUCCUUAUACCGUUUGCAUUUUUAGUAGGAAAAGAUGGGUAAAUUCUUUGUUAUACUAGUUAGUUUUUAGGGUAGAACCUUAGAUUCUUAGUUUCUUAUAUUGAGCCAUCUUGUACAGCCUUUACCCAAAAGAACCGGUUCUCGAAUGCUAUGCUUUAGCCGUGCAGGACUUCGGCAGAGGAGGCGCUCUGUUCCCUGCUCGCGUACGGGCAGCAGAGAAACCCGCCUCCGCUGAGCCGCUGCCCAGUGCCCGUGGCAGGCGUGUGCGCGGGCGUGUGCAGUGGGAGAGAAAAAGCACAAGUUGUCAUUUUGGUUUAGAGAUUAUUGUACCCAAACUAAGUUAUCUUCAUAAUUAGACACAAAGUUUGACAUUUCAAGGCUGAGACUCUUGAGAGGCGCAAAUAAAUGAAUACAGCGUAGCCUAGAGCAUGGCUGUGUGCCCAGAAGCGGAGCGGUGAUUCCAACACAACUCUAGUAGUUAGGACAACGCUGGUAAUAGCGCUUCUCAAAGGACAUCGUGAUAUUCUUAAAAGAGUAAAUUUGCCCUUUUGCUAAGCCAUGGGAAGCAUUACUUCCCUCCAGGAGAGAAUCCCAGCACCUGGGCACCUGCCUCUUCCCGUUUGCUGUGGCAUCCUCCCUGCGCCACACCCCCCCCCGCCCCCCGCCAAUGGCAGGAGCUCCUUUGUGUACACGUGUUUGUACCAGUGCAUCAGCAAGGCUGUCCUGACAGAACGAGGAUAGACAAAAGCAGGCCAAGAAACAGUAAUUAACUACCAAUUUCUUUUUAGUUUCAUUAAAUCACGUGGCUUGGGAGCAAUUCGAGAGGUUUUUAGAGAAACAAUGUAUUCUGUGAAAGAAACAAUAAAUUUACUAACUUGGCCUCCAAGAA